CCGACUGACUACAGAGCAAGAGAACAGCCGCGCGCAUCAAGCACCAGUCCCUGCGCCUUAGACCGCACAUUACCGGGAAUACCGAGACAUGCUGCUCGUCAUUUUUCUCAGCGCGUGCUGGAUCGGCGUCACAUUGGCCGACUCUGGACCACACCUGGCCAAUGAUUGGGGAGAAUCUGUCCGCCUGAGGCACCUGUACGCUGCAAGACCCGGUCUGCACCUGCAGAUCAGCAAGGACGGGAAGAUCGGAGGAUCGCACAUGCAGAGCUCGCACAGCUUGGUUGAGAUCCGCACCGUCGACACGGGCUGUGUGGUUAUAAAAGGUGUCGCAAGCUCACAGUAUCUCUGCAUGGAAGCCAACGGCAAGCUGUACGGCUCGUACAUUUAUAUAAAGGAGGAGUGCUCUUUUUUUGAGCAUAUGAUGCCAGACGGAUACAACAUCUAUGUCUCGGGCAAACAUGGGACCCUUGUGAGCCUGGGUGGAGGGAAGAACCGACGUCAAAAUGCUCUCGCACAGUUCCUGCCCCUGCUCAAUACUCUGCCACAGGAGCCUACAGAGUACAACGUGAGAAAAGUGCAUUCUCCAGUUGACCCAGAACAGGAUCUUCACUUAGGCGUACAAGCAGACAGCAUGGAAUCCUUUGGGAGGAUCUCCCAGAUUGUCAUUCAAAGCCCAAGUUUCAACGAAAGAUGAGCAGAGUGUAAAGUUUCCAAAGAUGUGACUCAGUUCAAUCUCUUAUGCAGAGGCAAGAGGCUAAACGAGACCAGCCUUGUCUUAAAGCAGAGACUGGAUGAACAGGCAGAAUUUACAGACUUGGGGAAAAGAGGAGGAUAAGGUUUCCCACCCAAAAAAUCGUUCUUAACCCCUGGUUGCAUGGAUGGAUUACACAGAAUAUGCUUCAAAGUAGUAUCUCACUACUUCAGGUCACUCCAAAUUAUAUAUGUUCAGGUUGAAUGAAAAGUGCGAGCAGCUUAUUAGGUUAUUUAUUUCUGUAGAUACCAUUCACUGGUAUGCCUAGUCCCUGUAUCAUGUAGUGCAUUUUUUAUUUACUUUGUGUUUGUAUAUACAUUUUAAUGCUUAUAGGCUAUAUUUUAUAUUUGUUUUAUUUAUCAUAGAUUAAACCUUACGGACUUACUUUUUGUUAGAUUCCAGUAUGUUUAUUUCUAGGAAUGUCUGGCUUCAUUGUGCAACUUUAAUGAUUCUUAUUGGAAAAGCUUGUGAUUUAUAAGAAUGCUAGCCAUACAUGAAUUAAGUAAUUUACUUAAAUGUACAAUACAUUUAAUUUAUUAUAUAAAUUGUGUUUGUACAAUAGCCUACUGUUUAAAAAUUCUUAGGUGCACUGUUGAUGAUUAAAUUUGGACAAAAGAAACCAUAAAUAAAAAUAGCACAUAAAACUAUGUAUGAAUUUUUUUUUAAGUUUUUUUUUUUUAAUUAUGUAAUUAC